AUGGUACAAAUACUGCCACAGUUUGCUACUCUUCUUGCCCUUACCUUGACGGUCGCACGGGGGGCCCCGCAUACGAGCUCUGACCACGACCGCCGCUUUGUGAUUGACGCUCAGCUCCCAGGACUUGUUCAUGCGCAUAUUGCACGGGACGACUCGUCCCUGGAGCAGUUUUUAGGUCCGAGACGAAACCCCAUACCAGAUUCAAGCGUGGAACCCGUCUACGUGAUGCCCUCCCAAAUGACCCCUGUCGCGGCUCUCGGAAAGAACUCGGAUCCUCAUGUUCAGUUGGCACCUAUUUAUGAUCCUUCGGAGCUCUCGAACAGGCGCCGUGGCCUUGAUGAUCCUAUUGACGAGCCGGAUCGGGAACAUGAUGAGCGAUUCAACGCAAAGGGCGAACAAGAGCUAGAAGAUCAAGAGGGCGACAAAGAAGACCCCAUUCCUGAAGACCAAGACGAAGCGUCUUCGUUAGGCAAACGACAAUAUUAUAUUGACGGGGUGAACGCCCCAGGACUUAUUGUAUCGCACUUGAACCCCUCUCUGUUGAGCUUUAUUAACCACGAGGUAGCACUUUAUGACAUACAUCGCCGAGGUCUACUUGAUCCGCUCAUUCCUAUCCUUGGUUCAUUGCCUGGUGUUGGAGGUGUCGUUUCUAUUAUUGCAGAUACCCUAGGGAACGUCCUUAAUGGUCUUCCUAUUAUCGGGCCGCUCCUUGGGGGACUUCUUUUAUCCCCACACAAGUCUGCCAGCGCUCAGGGGGUGGAUGGUGCGCCUGCUUCUCUAGAAUACUACCUAGAUGCGGCAUCGAUUCGAAACGCAACAACCAUUUAUCUGGUGGACUCGGGUCGUCCUUCACCUUUUGCCCUUGCUGCUCAGGAGGCCGGUAGCAAUAGCACCAUUGACGAACAACUUGUUUCGCUUCAAAUGGCUUUUGUCAACCCCGAAACUGGGAAGAUUGAACCCCAUUGCGCAACAUUCCAGGGAGGCUCCAAUGGAGAUCAGUCAGAACCAGCAACUCUUGCCGUUCAACCAUGUAUCACCGAUGGUACGUCUCAAGAGCCUCAUCCGAGCCAACUAUGGGGCUUCAAUCCCUCGAAUGCGGUCGUCCGGCCCAUGUGGAACGCUCAGAAGUCUGAAGGCGGCAAGUCGAAGCGCGCAUACAUUGUGGUAUUAGUGUUCAAACCUUGGGAGGCCAAUGGCACCAACUCUACUCAGCCCGGAGCGAUGUAUGAUCCGAAGGAGGCUGGAAACUGGCAGUUCGAUUUGGGGAAUGCUACCGCGGGAGACUCGAGUCCGGCUGGUGCCAGUCCAUGA